AUGGCGUUGGUUAUACCUAGGGGUGGCUCCAUAGUCCGCAAGAGACUCAUUACACUCUUGCUAACAUUGAGUACAGUUGCAUUCUGCGGAUAUGUCCAUCAUCAAGUCAGUCUCAAGGUCAAGAACCCAUACAUAGACGAAUACUUCCAUAUCCGCCAGUGCCAGAAGUACUGCCAACAUAAAUUCCACGAAUGGGACAACAAGAUCACAACUCCACCAGGGUUGUACGUAUUGGGGUUCUUAUACACGAAUGCCAUUCAGAAGCUUUCUGGGGCAGAAUCGAACUACUAUUGUGGAAACUACGAUAUCUUGAGAUCAGUGAAUUUACUAGGUUUCUUUGCUCUUUUGGCAAUUGCUCAUCGUUUCAAGAAAUCUUAUGGAAACCAAUACCUUUCGAUCAACAUAGCGUCCCAGCCGUUGCUAUUCACCUACUAUUUCUUGUUCUAUACUGACAUAUGGUCAACAGUAUUUGUAGUGCUAGCACUUACAAUUGUCAUGUCCAAACCUGUGAGAGACUACCAGGCUUAUUGCAGUGGAUUACUUGGUUUGUUGAGUUUGUGGUUCAGACAAACAAAUAUCGUUUGGGUCGCCUUCAUUCUUGCUGUACUUGUGGAAAGAAGUGUAGUCAGAAAAAGAGGCGAGAGUCCUAACUUCUUGGCUCAGACACUGCUGUUCAUAUCUCUGUUCUUUAAGAACUGGUUCAAGAUAAUUCCAUUCGUAAUAAAUGCUGUGCUCUUUGCGAUUUUUCUCAAGAUCAAUGGUGGUAUUACCUUUGGCGAUAAAGAGAAUCACGAAAUCCAAUUGCACGUGGUUCAAGUCUUUUACUGUUUCACAUUUAUUGUUCUCUUCACUUGGCCAGUAUGGUUUGAUGUUCAUUGUUUGAAGAGAUACCUCAAAUUUGUCUUUGUUCAAAACUAUGGUCUUAAUUUCGGUUUGAAUGUGGUGAGUUUGUGUGCUAUAAAAUACGUCAUAGACAAUUUUACUGUUGUCCAUCCAUUCUUGUUGGCUGAUAAUAGACAUUAUACAUUCUACAUAUUCAAGCGACUCAUUAGCCAUCCAAAGAGUUACAUCAUAGCUGUGCCAUUAUACCACUUUGCAACCUAUUCUAUAAUUAGUUCAUUGUCCCAAAGUGAUAAGAUCAACAUGAGAUUUGUCACCAUUGUGUGCUACUUGGCCGCAGUGUGCUUGACUAUCAUUCCUUCGCCAUUAUUUGAACCACGAUACUACAUUGUUCCAUUGGUGAUAUUCAGACUCUUCAUAAAGCCUGUCAACACAAAGAGACACUACUUGGAGUUUAUUUGGUUAAACACUAUAAACGUUGUUACUACAUUAGUAUUCUUAAACUAUGAGUUUACAUGGGCAAGUGAGCCGGGUAGCAUUCAGAGAAUAAUAUGGUAA